GUGAUUACGGCCCUGAGUUCCAGUACGAACCCGAGUCAUAUGAAGAAAGCAAAGGCGAGUUGAGCUACUCUGAGAUGCAGGCUGAAAAGAUCAAGAAGAACCCCGAGAACUGUCAGAAAGUGGACAGAGAAGGCAUGACGUGUAUGGUGUGCAAGGACAAAACGUCUGGAGGCAAUUAUGAAUCUUGCUCCUACGCCUCGGCCCCAACGGAGAAGAAAUACGCGUACGUCAAAGAAAAGAAAUACGACAGCGAUCAACCCGAAGAGGAAAAAGACAAACCUAAAGAAAAAACCGUCGAGGUCUCGGAAGAGUCCAAGGUGCAAUCUCAGAAGGUUUCGAGCACUGAAAAACCCGCUCAGCGAAGAAGGCAACACCCGAGGCAGCGCGACGUCGAAAAGGUCGAGGAGAAACAUCGAAGUUAUCAAACCAAGAGUCCCAAGAAAAGGAAUAACCUGGAAGGCACUCAAACUCAAGUCGGGAUAAACACUCCUCAGGUAUUAUAG